CCACGCUCGUCGCGCAGCCUUACAGGAGCCUUUUCAAUCGUCCGAGUCACCGAGUCCCCGACCUCGGUGCCUGAUAGUCCAACGUGGACAAAGGAUCCCUCAGGCCUCGAACUAUCCACCACCCGCGUGGUCAACGGCCGUGCAGCCAUGGUGUCUUUCUCCUGCGAGGCGUGCGGUGAUGUGCUCACCAAGAAGAAGCUCGAUCCGCAUCGGGGGCAGUGUUAUGGCGCUUCCUUCACCUGCAUCGAUUGCAUGGUCCACUUCCAGGGAACGGAUUACAGGUCGCACACGUCAUGCAUGACCGAAGCACAGAAAUAUCAAGGUGCCCUUUAUAAAGAGAAGCCGACCAAGCAGCAGCGACAGAAAGGAAAAAACCAAGCGACCUCAAAGCAGAUCGCCCGUUCCAACGCUCGACCUCCCUACGUCGAAGACGCUCCUGAUGCAGACGAACCGAUCAGUCAACAUCCUCCUCCACCCGCACCGAGUCCUCCGCCUGCGGCUACCGGCCCGUCCAAAUCAACAACGGUGGCUACCUCCGGAAACGCUGUCAACGUCUUUGACUUCCUAGUCACUGACGAGACGCCAAAUGCUUCAAAGGUCUCUCUUGGUGGAACCAAAGCGCAGAUGCAAAUGGUGAACCACGCGCCCUCCCUGUUCGAACCCGGCAAGGCGCUGGCGCGAUUGGAUCAGGACGUCGAUGAUGAACAUCGGGAGUAUGAUAUUGCCUAUGAGGAGAAUGGAUUCUCCUACGGCGCGGAACCAAUUAAGCCUUCUCUGUACCCGAACCAGACAUCGAACAUAUCCAUGGAGUUCAUGACUCCUGCGCCGAAGAAGAGCAAAGACCGCAAGAGCUCACGCAAGACCCGACAGGCUUCCCCAGAGGAUGGACAGAUCAACACCACCAGUGACAAGAAGCGGAAGCGUGGCAAUACCGAUGCUGCUAAUGUCAACACUCCCCAUGGGGAAGACACUCCGAUGCUCGAUGCCCCCUCCAGUGUCAUCAACAAUGCGGGCACUCCGGUACUGAACCACUCUGGGCUGACCGGAGGUCUUGAUCGCAUGCUUCGUUCAGAUGCAUCACCUACCCCCGACUACGAAGACUACAAAGAUGAGCAUGGCAAUCGCCGUUUCCAGGAGCCUGUUUCUCCUCUUAGGCGCAGCCGUCGUGCUGAUAAAGAAACCGCCAACGAGAAUGGUCUGGGAAUCUCCGUCAAGGGUAAAGCCGGACGGAUUAUGUCCAUGUUCGGUGGCUCUGCCUUGUCCGGCAGCAGCGGCAGCUCAAACGAGCCUCCAUCCAAGGCGCUCGUCCGCACUCGCCGGCGGAGCUCAUCUGAAGAAGAGGAAGGCUCUCGAUCCCUGGCCAAGGUGCACAAAUCCAAGAAGACUCACCGUGUGCGUAAUGCAUCCGACGGUCACGUUAUUUCUGAGCCGCGCAAGUCGAAACGUAAGACGAGUGUGCAAAUCAACGGCGAUGGCCAUUACGAGCUCUCCCGCCCCUCCCGCCGAGUCAAGAUGAUCGAUUACCAUAAGGACUCUGAUCGCUCCCGUUCUCGCUCUCCCCGUGGCGAAGGUCGCUCUCAUGGAGAGAACGACCGCCGGAUGGUCGUCUACCGACACUCAAAGACCUCUGAUGAUGAACUUCUGCGCGAGAAGGCCCGCCACUUCCUUUCUCUAGUAAACAAGGGACCUGAAAGUGAGAGAGGGUGUUCUGUCCACAAAGCGCUGAAGAGAUUCCACCGCGACUUCCCCUCGCUCGCAGGAUCUGAGGACGGCGACAGCGCACGAGGACGGGGCCGUGGACGCAGCCGAGACCGUAAGGCUGAAGAUGAGAGGGAACUGUUCCGCACAUUGCGACUGAAGAGAAACGACAGAGGCGAGAUUGUUGUCUUCUUCUAAGCGAUCUACCAUGUCUCGACUGAUUGUAGCUCUUAAAAAAAAGCCAGUGGUUAUGUCUAAAAAGCAGGCGUUGGACACGUGCUAUAAAAGACUAGGAGGAGCUUGGAGUGUCUAGUAUCGGCUUACUUUUCC